CAAAAGACUAGUCAGCAACAACCUCCUCAAUUAAGUCUCAUACGAUACCUUCUGUUACCUCGAAAAUGACUUCAUAUGUCAAGAAUAUUGCCUUGGUUGGCGCAAGUGGACUGGUCGGCGGACAAGUUCUCAAGAAUCUGCUUGCAGCGGGCAAGUUUGAAGUCACAGCGAUCUCCCGUCAAGAGUCAAAAGCCACCUUCCCAUCAAGCAUCGCGGUCAAGAAGGGCGAUUACUCUUCAUCCGAGUUCCUCGAAUCCGCACUACAAGGCCAAGAUGUUUUGAUCCUCACUCUAGCUAUCAUGACCCCUCCCGACGUCCAAACCAACUUCAUCAAAGCUGCGGCCAAGGCUGGAGUUCCAUGGGUUCUUCCGAACGAGUAUGGUAACGAUGGUGCUAGCGAGGAAGUCAUGAAGAAUAUCCCGAUCCUAGUUGGAAAGAAGAAAUAUCGCGAUUUGAUUGAGGGGCUUGGAGUUAGCAAUUGGAUUGGUAUUGCGACUAAUAUGUGGAUUGAUUUCGGUCUCAAAGGAGGAAGAUUCAGUAUCGACAUCCCCAAACGUACCGCUACGGUGUAUGACGAAGGCACCCAUCCUUUCGUGACGACAUCCAUUCCUCAAGUCGGUCGAGGCAUCGCUAAAUUACUCUCUCUCCCCAUCACUUCAACCUCUGGACUCUCUCUUUCCGACUACAAGAACAAAUACGCGUACAUCCGCUCCUUCUUGGUCAGUCAGAACGACAUGAUUGCGGCUUCUCAGCGUGCUACGAAGACCAAGCCCGAAGAUUGGGAGAUCAAGCACAUGCCGCUGGAUGAUUAUAUCAAGGCUGGAUCCGAGCUGAUGCGUGCGGGGAACCGGAUGGGCAUGUUCAACAUUCUCUACGGAAACUCUUAUAAGAAGGGUUGCGGUGACCAGUAUCAUGGUAGAGAGAAUACGAAUGAGAAUAUUGGCCUUGAAGAUGAGGAUCUGGACGAGGUCGUUCAAAAAGUGGUCGAUGAGCUCGAGGGAAAGUAGCGGGAUGCUGAGCAAAAUUGAGUGUUUGUGCAUAGAUCAAGAAAAAAAAUGGAACGUUGAUAUCAAGCAAAGCGCGCAUCGAUCUUCUGAAGAGCGUAAUACUAAACCCGUUCGUGGUGCUGAUCUCAUAUUUGCAGAACUUUGGCAUGCACUUGAUUUAUUUACCAUUGCUUUCGAAAUGUGCGAUUUGCUUCAGAGAACUCUUGCUGCAGAAACAUCAAUGAUUAGGAG